CCUAUCUGAGACAAGACAGAGGGCCUAAACAGGGAGGCUUUCAUCAGGUCGGGUGUCCACGAACAUCGAUUGGAAGGCAUCGGAACAACCCAAUGGGUCUCCCCAUGCUAACCAAGUCACCGCCUUCAGACUCCAUGUUGUUUUCACCCAUCGAAUAUUUGCAUGCUACCCAAACACCAGAAUGGACGUGCUGAGUGAACAUGGAUGCACUCUUGCAGACCCUUGGAGUUCAGACUUUCAACUUCGCCGUCAGAUCCGGGAUCGCCCUCACAUCCCGUUACGCGGUACAGCAAUGUUCGAGACUGUUGAAAUCAAUCAAUGAUAAGGCCGUCCGCUCUGAGUUUAAGACGCUACAGAAACUCCUCGACAACAAAAUCAAGAUCCUCUCUCCCGCUCUCGAUUUGAUCGAGUUCAAAUCUAGUCGAGGGAAUGUGUUCCUAGAAUCGGCAGUGCCCCUCGCGAAAUCCCUCCACCGGGAAAUCGUCCGUCUUGGAAAACGGCUGGACAAUGCAGCCACCACAACGGAGGAAGAAGCUCAUGAUGCAUAUACCAGGGGCCAUGGCGGCCGCGUAUCGGAAGAACAGCAUGCCGAGCUGUUGCUCAUCAUCAAGGACAUUAAGGACCUUCUCGCGCGAAUCGACCGGGACAUCCCGCUUCUUCAGUUCGCCAUCACGGUCUCGGGCGAGAAGAUGUCCACGGCCAUGACACCCGGAAUCUCGCCCUCUAGGAUGAUGCAGGCUAGUGCCCUGCUCUCCUUUGCAGAUGCCCACUUCGUCGCGGAUCCCAAUCGGCCCAUGCAGGUUGGGCCUUCCUUUACACUCUCCCUCUACAUGCUGUUCCUUGGUCACUCUCAGGUUGAGCCAGGUUGUGACGCUGAAAAUGACUCACGGUUGAAUUUGCCUGGUUCAGAGGAUCAUGCUCCUCGAGAGGUUCCUUACGGAAUUGGGGAAGGUGAGCGGAAACCCAUAUGGCAGGAGGUUAUGCAUAAAGCUCGAGUGCGGCUUUGCCGGACCCCUACAACCUGGGUUUUUGAUCCUGCUCAGGGGUACCGGCCAGACGAUCUCCAUGCUGUUUCGCGAAAGACAACCAUCCCGCUGCGUAGGGCUUCCGAUGGGUAUUCGUACCACUUGGAGGUCAUUGAGGACUUGGACGAUGGGAGACUCCACGAAGGAGAUGGCUCGAGGGCUCCGCCCUACGAUGACCUGCCGAUGGCGGGCAUCCGGGAGUCCAUUCCGAUACAUCAGAUUUCCAAGAUCUUCUACACAGAUACUGGAAGGAUUCUCAACAUCGGAAACAGCGAUGAAGGGGACAAUAACCCGAUCCUCCUUCUGAAGAGGGACGUUAACGCCAAGUGCCCGAUCAGAAUGCGGCAAGAGUGGUUCGACGAACCGGACCCGAAGGAACAGGAUGAGUCACAUUCUGAUUCUGCAGAUGAAUCAUCCGAGUCUGAUGACCAGGACGACGUAGACCGACAGCUAUGGGAGGAAACUGAACAUUCCGCCAAGUCACCAGCGAGCCAGGACGCCCCUCGAACAACAUCCUUGCCUCCACACCUGGACCCCGAAUGGCUGGCGCUGGAGGUCUAUAUGGACAACGAUGACGACGAAGAAGAUGAUGAAGACGAGAGCUUAGGGGAGGAUGUGGGGAAUGACGGCGGAAAUCCAAACCAAAUAUUCCCUGGCAACGCUCAGACGUCCCACGACGGGCUCUCGGGGGACUCCAAGCUCACUGCUCAACUCCAGCGCAUGUCGAUCCGGCCCGACUCACCUCCCCAGGACCUCCGCAGCCGGGCCCCAGCCGACCUCGACAAAUCUCGGGAGAACAUAGCGGACACCUACGUGAUGAGAUCCCCCUUCGGGUCCAUUAUAUCAUCACUCUCGCUGCUGGAGAUGUUGGUCCGGCUCACCAGCCUACAGGAAUUCCAGCAGACAUCCCACUUGGCGAUCCCAGACCACAUUCUCAUCUUCUUUUUGGAGGAGACCUCGACAACAGGGUUACACGGCGAGGCGCACUGGCAGAUGAGGAGUGAGGCGAAACGUCGCAUGGGUUUUGACCCUUACACUGAUACUCUUCCGAGGGAGGCCGAGGAGUAGAGCAGAUAAAAAGGCUUUGAGAACGAAAUGUAACAACCCAAGUUUACAUAUCAGGGAGGUAUUAGUAGUUAUCUCAAUCUUCCUGUUCCCCUUGGCAUACACGGUUAUCACGGUUAUCGUCGGCAACAAAAAACUCGGGCAUCAACUGUUUUUUUUUGUUCUUUCAAUAUGCUUCACUUAG